AUGUUGUUGCCGGCACGACGAUCUAGCCGCCAAAGUUCUCGCUCAGCCACAUUCGAAUGGCUGCUGCUAUGCUUGACAACGACGCUAUGCCUGCUCAGUCACCUGGGUGGAGUUGCAGCAUACCAGGUCAAAUUGGAUUCGUUGGAUCCGCUGCUUCAAACAUGCUCCGGCAUGUGGCCGGGCAGCAAUACUAGCGUGGAACUUCAGUUGAACGCUACCAGCAACAAGGGAACUGUCGCGACCAUCGUCUAUGAUUACAAGGAUUUCGCCAGGCUCGGCAAGGCAAGCAAGGAGGAGGAUGCCUUUGGCACGAGGGUGAGUUGUAUCGCGGCGCGUAGGCUCCCCAGCCAGGCUCCUGCUUCCAUCUCCUCUCUCCUCUCCCCGGUCGGCUGACUGAGCAUUCAACCCCCUCCUUCCCAUAGACGCGCACGUACGUCUGUACUGCACCUGCAGUCAAUGCCGGUCUCUGCUCCUUGGAGGAGCAAGGAAACUUUUUGGUGGAUGGCGACAUCAAUGGAACCUCAAUCGUUCGCAAUCGCGUCGACUUGGAGCAGGGCAAAGUCAAGAGCGUCGUGAGUUGGGAGCGCAGCAGACCUUUGCGUGCAAGCAUGCAUUCACACCACUCUGUUCUGCGCACCUUUAGGUGUACCCCGUCACAAAGAUGGGCUACUAUUGCGUUGGUGCGGGUGAGGCUGCGGAGCCUGCCUGA